AUGUCGCGUUCAGCACUAUCGCGGGCUACGAGGCCAUUGGCCGCCUCUGUGAGGCGAUGGCACGCCUCUCGGGGCUAUGCUUCGUCCGUCUUUAAUUGGGAAGACCCGUUGGCAUCCAAUAGCCUGCUCACCGAGGAUGAGCUGGCCAUCUCGGAAACCGCUGAGCGGUACUGUCAGGAGCGGCUAUUACCGCGUGUUCUGCAGGCCUACCGUGACGAGCACUACGACCCUACAAUCCUGCGCGAGAUGGGCGAGCUGGGCCUCCUCGGCGCCACCCUCCACGGCUACGGUUGCGCAGGCGUAUCGACCGUGGCGUCCGGCCUGAUAACCCGGGCCGUCGAACGAGUCGAUAGCGGCUACCGGUCGGGGAUGUCGGUGCAGUCCUCCUUGGUCAUGGGCGGCAUCCACGAAUUUGGGACCGCCGAGCAGAAGGAGAAAUACCUGCCUGCCAUGGCCAAGGGCACGCUCAUCGGCGCCUUUGGUCUCACCGAACCCAAUCACGGCAGCGACCCUGGAUCGAUGGAGGCGACGGCCCGACCGCACCCGACCAAAAAGGGGUAUUUGCUCUUGCGCGGCUCCAAGACUUGGAUCACCAACUCGCCUAUCGCCGACGUGUUUCUCGUGUGGGCGAAGCUGCAGGAGUCGGGCAAGAUCAGAGGGUUUCUGAUAGAUAGAAAAGAUUGUCCACCAGGCACGCUGGAGACCCCAGCCAUCAAGAACAAGACCGGGCUCCGAGCCAGCAUCACGGGCAUGAUCCUGAUGGAAGACUGUCCCAUACCAGAAGCCAACAUGUUCCCCGCCAUCGAGGGCUUGUCCGGCCCGUUUGCGUGCCUAAAUAGCGCCCGGUACGGUAUCGCCUUCGGCACUAUGGGGGCUUUAGAGGACUGCAUCGCCCGCGCGCGGACGUAUGCCCUAGACCGCAAACAGUUUAAGGGCAACCCCCUGGCCAAGUAUCAGCUCGUACAGAAGAAGUUCGCAGACGCGGCGACGGAUUGCGCCUACGGCGUGCUCGCGGCGAUCCAGGUCGGAAGGCUCAAGGACGAAGGGAAAGUCAAUCCGGAUAUGAUCAGCAUGGUGAAGAGGCAAAACUGCGAUCGGGCGCUGGUAAAUGCGAGGACGUUGCAGGAGGUUUUCGGGGGCAACGCCGUCAGCGACGAGUACGGCAUCGGGAGACACGUCGCCAACUUGUUUGUGACCCAGACCUACGAAGGGCAGAGCGACAUACACAGCCUCAUCCUCGGACGGGCCAUCACCAAUCGCCCUGACCCUCCCUCGUCCUGCUCCGCCGGUCCAGUUGGUGAAGAUCUGUUCCACUGGCAAGCGACUAUUAUGGGACCUGGUGACUCGCCAUACUCGGGAGGUGUUUUCUUCUUGGCCAUCCACUUCCCGACAGACUAUCCUUUCAAGCCUCCAAAGGUCAACUUCACGACUCGCAUCUACCACCCCAAUAUCAACUCUAACGGCAGCAUCUGUCUGGACAUAUUGAGGGACCAGUGGAGUCCAGCACUGACCAUUUCUAAGGUUUUGCUCUCCAUCUGCUCCAUGCUGACCGACCCCAACCCUGACGACCCUCUCGUCCCCGAGAUUGCCCACGUGUACAAGACAGACCGCGCCAGAUACGAGGCCACGGCUCGCGAGUGGACCCGCAAGUAUGCCAUUUAA